AUGACAGCAGUUAAAAUAUAUGGAAUUACUAUCUAUAUACAUGAUAAUAAUUCUGAAAAUAUUUAUCAAACAGAAGAACAUUGUCCAAUUUCUACAGAAGAAGAAGAUGAAAAAUAUGAAGAAGAUGUUAGUUUAGAAGUCAAUUAUAUUCCAAAAUUCAAAACUAUAUGUUCAUUCAAUGUUACAAUUAGAGAAAUAGAAUCUGAUGGCAACUGUUAUUUUAGAGCAUUAAGUGAUCAGAUAUCUGGUUCCGAGGAAGGAUAUAUUAUUUUACGAAUACUUAUUCUUGAUUUUAUAUCGGAUAAUCGUGAAGUUUUUGAAUCAUGUAUUGAUGAUGAAUAUUUUUCAUCAUGGGAAGAUUUUAUUUAUAAAAUGCGUCAAGGUGGUACAUUUGCUGAUGGAAUCGUAGUUGUUGCUUCAGCUAUGUUAUUGCGUAGACGAAUUAUCAUUCAUCAACAUGAAGAACGUCCAGUAUUAUUUAAACCUUUAUUUUCUAUUUCAACUAGCAAUCAAAUACAUCUCGUUUAUGACUCUAAAAAUCUUCGCUAUAGUAGUUUAUUGUCAACUGAUGGGAAUAAACUAUCUAUUGACGAAUCCGAAAGUAUUUGUGCGUAA